CUCUGCGCCCUGAAGCAAGCUGGCCGCCGCCUGGAGCGCCUGAGCAGGAAGUCUGGGCUCACUGGCCACGCUGAGGCCUACAAACUCAACCUCUCCACCUAUAGAGAUGCCCUCUGUGCUGCCAGGUCCACCUACUUCUCCAACAUCAUCAACAGCUCCAAUAAGAACUCCCGGACUCUGUUCUCCACUGUCAGCAAACUACUUCAGCCCCGUGACGACACCUUCUCUACUUCCUCCACAGCACUCUGCAACUCCUUCAGUUUUUCAAGGACAAAUUCACAAAAAUAAACUCAUUACUGACUGAUCAACCUCCUCCAGCCGCCCCUCCCCCUGUCAACCUCCCAACUGCCACCCUGAAACCCGGCUCUCCGAAUUUGCCCCCAUUGACUCUUCCUAUAUCUGAAAACUCAUCAUUUCAUCCGAGACUACAACUUACUCCCUGGAUCCUCUCCUCAUUGUUCUCAUCAAAGCCUGCCUGCUCUCUGUCCAUAUACCACACACAUCGUUAA